AUGUCUUCUCAGACUACAGUUGUUCAGUCUUGCAGACUUCGAAAUCUCCAAGUUCGUGGCUUCAACCUAAGGAAGAAGAUAACUCUGCCUCCAACUUAUACAAGAGAGUUUAUUCCAGCCAACAAGGCUCACAUUCCAACUAACGAAACAGCUAAAGCUUGGUCACAUUUAGAACACAUACAAUCGGAAAUCGCACCUUUGCAAGAUUGCGAAGUAGGACUGUUGAUUGGAUACAACUGCUCUCAAGCUCUACUUCCAAGAGAGAUUGUCUCAGGCAGAGAAGACGAACCAUACGCUCAGCGCACAGAUCUUGGUUGGAGCAUCGUCGGGCAACAUAAUCCCUGUUUGGACUAUGGAGAUGCAAUUGGAAUCAGUCAUCGCAUCAUUGUCAAGAAUGUCAUUCCAGAACUCAAGCCUUCUGUAAUGCUUCAGAAACGUGUUCAUUAUGUAAACAGAACAAAGGUGAGAGAUGUUACUCAUUCAGAUAUUGUCAAGGCACUCGAAGCAGACUUCUCUGAAAGGGCCGCAGAUGACAAUCCUGUUUCACAAGAAGACUUGAAGUUUCUCACCAAACUUAAAGAGAACAUCAAGAAAAAUGAAAGGGGUCAUUAUGAGAUGCCAUUACCGUUUCGAGAUGGUAGACCAAGGUUACCGAACAACAAAAUAUGUGCAAUGCAUCGUCUGAAGUGUUUGGAAAGGAGGCUUAAAAAGGAUAAAACAUACCACAGUGACUACACAAACUUUAUGAAUGACAUAAUCACAAGAGGGGAGGCAACUAAGGUCCCUGACGAAGAAAUAGAUAACAAUCCUGCAUGGUACAUCCCACACCAUGGGGUCUAUCAUCCACAUAAACCAGGAAAGAUCAGAGUUGUAUUUGAUGCCUCUGCCAAGUACCAAGAUACCUCUCUCAACGACCAUCUGCUAACCGGCCCUGACCUGACGAACACAUUGGUGGGUGUUCUUUGUCGUUUUCGCAAAGGUCCUAUUGCAUUCAUGUGCGAUAUAGAGCGAAUGUUUCACCAAUUCCACGUCACAAAAGCAGAUCAGGAUUAUUUGAGGUUUCUUUGGUGGGAGAAUGGAGAGUUGGAAGCAACACCAGCAGUCUAUCGCAUGAAGGUUCAUCUUUUUGGAGCAGCAUCUUCUCCAGGCUGCGCCAAUUUCGGUUUGAAACACCUGGCGGCCCAAGGUGAAGAUAGAUUUCCAGAAAACGUGAUACGCUUCAUACAGAGAGACUUUUAUGUCGAUGAUGGCUUGGCAAGUGUUUCUACUGAGAGUGAAGCCAUUCAACUUAUCAAAGACUCAAGAGAACUGUGCUCUACAGGGAAGUUAAGACUCCACAAGUUUGUGUCCAAUAGUGAGGGUGUUAUGUCCACUAUUCCAAUUGAAGAGCGUGCAACAGUUAAAGAUCUGGAUAUGUCUCUUAGUUCACGCAUUGAAAGAGCCCUUGGAGUAGAAUGGUGCAUCACAUCAGACACUUUCAGAUUCAGAGUUCAAGUCAAGUCAAACCCAUUGACAAGAAGGGGAGUACUUUCCACCGUAGCCUCAGUUUAUGAUCCCUUUGGCUUUAUUGCACCAUUUGUUCUCGCGGGCAAGCAGAUUCUCCAGCAAAUGUGCCGGGAUAAGGUAGAUUGGGAUCAAGAGCUUCCAGAGCACUUAAGACCCCAGUGGGAGUCCUGGAUCAAAGAUCUUUCCAAUUUAGCUGACUUACAGAUCCAAAGAUGUUUCGUUCCCUGUGAUUUUGGACAAGUCAAAGGCUAUGAGUUACAUCACUUUGCAGACGCCAGUGUCAAUGGAUAUGGCGCAUGUACUUACCUGCGAGUCAUUAGCCAAACAGAUCAAGUUCAUUGCUGUUUGGUAAUGGCCAAGUCAAGAGUCACACCUUCUACUGUCACAACUAUUCCUCGACUCGAGCUCUCAGCAGCAGUUGUUGCCGUUAGGGUCAGUGAUUUACUCAAAACAGAGCUUGAAAUCCCAGAUGUACAAGAGUUCUUUUGGACAGAUUCAACCAUUGUUCUUGGCUACAUUAAUAAUGACGCCAGAAGAUUUCAAGUGUUUGUUGCUAACCGCAUCCAAAGAAUCAAAUCAAGCACACAACCAGAGCAAUGGGCGUAUAUUACGUCAGAGCACAACCCCGCAGACCACACUUCUAGAGGUUUAACAGCAGAACAACUGAAGUCCUCUGAUUGGUUCACAGGACCAGCCUUUCUCUGGGAAAAGAACCUACCCGAUAGAGAUGUCAAGGUGGGAGAGACUAAGGGAAAUGACCCGGAACUUCGCAAAGCCUUUUUGUGUGCAACCAAUGCCAAGGAAGACCUAACUAUUCUUGACAGAUUCGAGAAGUUCUCAGAAUGGUCCAGACUAAUCAAAGCACUUGCAAUCUUGAGAAAAAAGGUCAAGGAAUUUAAGGGUGAUAUACAGAAAAGUAAGGAAAGUACAAGUUUAGAAGAGAGAAGAGAAACAGAACUGUUUGUCAUUAAACUUGUUCAACAAAAAGCCUUUGCUGAAGCAAUAAGGAGUCUGAAGUCAAAGGAAACUGUUUCCAAGACCAAGGACCGUAAACUGUACAAGUUAAAUCCAUUCCUGGAUGAGGAAGGCAUACUCAGAGUUGGCGGACGUUUGAGUCAAGCAGUGUUACAUCCACACGUGAAACAUCCAGCAAUACUGCCUAAGGACAGUCAUAUUUCAACUUUAUUGAUAAGACAUUUUCACUCUAAGGUUCAGCAUCAAGGUCGUGGAAUGACUAUGAAUGAACUGCGUGCUAACGGUUGGUGGAUCCUUGGAAGCAGCCGUGCAGUUUCAUCAUACAUCUUCAAAUGUGUCAAGUGUCGGAAGUACAGACGAAAAACAGAGUCUCAAACCAUGGGAGAUUUACCAAAAGACCGGACAGAAACUACACCACCCUUUACCUAUGUAGGUAUGGAUUGUUUUGGUCCAAUUUUCAUCAAAGAUGGACGGAAGGAGCUUAAGAGGUAUGGACUCAUACUUACAUGUCUAUGUUCACGAGCCAUACAUAUUGAAGUAGUAGACGACUUAAGCACAGACGCAUUCCUCAAUGCUUUGCGUGCGUUUAUUGCAAUCAGAGGUAAUGUUCGGCAGCUAAGAUGUGACAGAGGAACCAAUUUUGUUGGUGCCCAGAGAGAGUUUGCUAAUCUCUUAAAGGAUAUGGAUCAGGAAAAGGUGAAAGCACUUGGAUGUGAAUUUCUCAUGAAUACUCCGUCAGCAAGCCACAUGGGCGGCGUGUGGGAGAGGCAGAUAAGGACCAUCCGUAGUGUUCUUUCAGCUGUUUUUGACCAUUCCAUGAGAAGACUCGACAGUACAUCGUUGAGAACUUUGUUGUAUGAAGUCAUGGCAAUUAUCAAUAGUAGGCCACUCUCUGUGGAACAUUUGAAUGAUCCAACUGGUCCUGAACCAUUGACGCCGAACCACAUUCUAACUAUGAAGUCAACCAUUGUUCAGCCUCCGCCAGGAGAGUUCACAAAGGAAGAUUUGUAUCUUCAAAAAAGAUGGAGAAGAGUACAAUAUUUGGCCAACGAGUUUUGGAUCCGUUGGAGGAAAGAAUAUUUGCUCAACCUGCAACCAAGACAAAAGUGGAAUGCGCACAGAAGAGAUCUGCAGAUAAAUGAUAUCGUGCUUCUACAAGAAGAUCUUGCACCACGAAAUGAAUGGAGGCUAGCUAAAGUCACAGCUGUUUAUCCUGGAGCAGAUAAGAAAGUGAGAAAAGUCAGGCUUUUACUCAGUGACAAGGCAUAUAACAAAAAUGACAAACUAGUGAUGAAAACAGUUUCUUUAGAACGACCUAUACAUAAAGUUGUUGUUUUGAUUGAAGCAGAGUAAGUUUAUUUUAUUCAUUUUUACUGUUUAAACUAUGUGUCAGUUUGAGUUUGUGUUAUGGAAAUCCCACUACUAAGAGUGUGAGAUUUGGUGGGAGUGUAACUGUCACAUUUCUCUUUCUACAUUUGUGUAUUUCUAUGUUAAUUUGGUGUAGCGCCACUAGGGGGUGCUGUGAUGUUAGAAGUAUAGAUAAGUAGAAGAAGAGAUCCCGGAAGGGAAACAAGGAAAGGCGAUUUCAGAAAGCAGAAAGAAAGGCUAUAGACGCAGAAGUUUAAGGAAAGAAGAAGCAAACCAAGAAGAAAGCUUAAUUCCUCAUGUGGUACUCAGCCAACGAGUUUUCACGGUGUGUUUAUGAAUCCUGAUCAAACCGAUUCAAUAAACUGCAUCAGUAGAGAGAGCCACUUGUGUCUGUCGUUACCUGGAGGAAUUACAG